UCUUCUCGUCCUCAUCGCCAUGGAGAACAGAAGCCGAGCAGGAAUGGCAGCCAUUCAGAAGGGGCAAGCUCCGGUCGAAGAGUUGCCUCCAAAACCAUGCUGCUCAUAAGCGCUUCUUUUCCUCUGCGGAAUUUAAAUCUCCUCACAUGUUCAAACCUCUAAUUCUCCAUGCUUCUUUCAUCAAGAAUGGCUUCCAGAACCAUGUCUAUCACUGCAACAUUCUCCUUCAAGCUUACAUCAAAGCCCAAGCUCUGUCCGAUGCUCGCAAGUUGCUUUACCUCAUGCCUCACCCCAACGUUGUCUCUUUCAACACCCUCUUAACUGGCUACUUCAAAUCUCGUUUAGUCUCUGAAGCCCUGAAGCUCUUUGCCUCCGUACCCGAAACAGACACUCAAUCAUGGAAUAUUGUCAUAUCUGGUUGUGCUCAGAACCUAAGAGUGAGGGAAGCCUUGACCCAUUUCGUUAAAUUGUUCCGCAGCCGCGUGAGGCCCGAUAAAUUUACGUAUUCAAUUGUGAUUCUUUGUUGUGAUUUAGGGCUCGGGCGGCAAGUUCAUGCGCAGAUUGUUAAGUUUUGUUCGGGUUUAGAUGCUUUUCUGGGCACCAAUCUUCUCAGAAUGUAUGCGGGAUAUGGGGUUCCCGAGGAUGCGAGGAAGGUGUUUGAUGGAAUGCCUCAUAGAGAUUUGGUGACAUGGAAUGCUUUAAUUUCUUGUUAUUCGGAACAUGGAAUGGGUGAUAUGUGCGUGGGUUUAUUCUGUCGGCUUGUUAGAGAAGGAAUUAUGGCUGAUGAAUUUACUUAUUCUAUUGUUUUGAAGGAAUUUGCAUCUCGCUUGCAAGUUUUUGAAGCAAUGCAGGUGCAUGCAUUGAUAAUUCGAGGUGGCUAUUGCUUUGAUCGCUUUACCAACAAUGCACUGAUAAACUUGUAUUGCAAGUGCGGCUUCAUAGCCUCAGCUGUCAUGUUGCUCGAGGAGAUGCCUGACCGGGAUGUUGUUUCUUGGACAACAAUAAUUUCCGGGUUACUGCAAAGGGGGUACAUCAAGGAUGCAUUGUGGUUGUUUCAUGAAAUGCAGUUUGCUAAUGUUCAGCCAAAUUCUUUCACUUUUGGUAGUUUCUUCAGUGCUUGUGCUGUUACGAAUUUGCUUCAGAUGGGAAAGCAGUUCCAUGGCCUAGUUUUGAAGUUCGGCUUAGAAACUAGUGUGGUUGUGGGAAGUGCAGUUGUAGAUAUGUACUCAAAGUGUGGUGAGUUGAAUGAGGCAUUGAAAGAAUUUCAAAGCAUGCCCGAGAGAGAUAUUGUUUCAUGGAAUGGAAUUAUAUGCGGCUUUGCUCAGAAUGGUGAUUGUGAGGAGGCCUUAAAGCUUUAUGCUGAGAUGGUGAGAUUAGGACCAUCCAUCAUUGCUCCAAAUGAUGUCACAUUUGUUGGCAUACUUGGUGCAUGCGUUCACAAUGGUUUGGUACAAGAGGGAUGUGAUUACUUCAAAGAAAUGAUUCAUAAGCAUCUCAUAAAGCCCAAAACUGAGCACUAUACAUGUAUGGUAGAUUUGUUAGGACGAGCUGGGCUAGUAGAGGAGGCCGAGGCUCUUGUUUUAUCUUUAUCUUUCAAGCCCGAUUUUGUUAUGUGGGGUGCAUUGCUAGGAGCCUGCAAAUUGCACAGGAAUCUAGAAAUGGCAAGGCGCACAGUGAAAAGACUAUGUGCUGAUGAGCCCUGGAAUUCUUCGAAUUAUGUGCUUCUGUCCAACUCCUAUACAUUUAUUGGUGAGUGGAGCAAAGCAGUAGAAGUUAGGGAAGCAAUGGAUUCUAGAGGAGUUCAAAAGACUCUGGGAUGUAGUUGGGUUGAGAUUGGAAGUUGUAUGCAUUCAUUUCUUGCUAGUCAUAAAUUGCAUCCUCAAAUUAAGGAAGUUGAUGAAGUUUUACAAAGACAUUAUAUCCAAAUGGAAGACAAAGUAUAGUAACGAGAAUCACUCAAGAUGAUCAUUGUUGUAAACAAAUAUCUUCCUUUGCCACAUCUCCAAGUUGGAUCUUUGUGCGCCAACCUUUCAAAUAGUUAUCGUGAAGAUGCCUAGACUUACUUCAGAUAUGAAAAGCUUCUAGUAAGUAGACAUUAUAGUUGAUAUAUGCUUGCUUCUUAAUAAUUUUCUAUUUAUAUCUUUCUCCAGUUUCCAAACAAAGGAAAAAAGUUCUGGUAUAUUGCACUUUAAUUGAUUUGAUGUAUGCUUGCUUCUUAAUAAUUUUCUGUUUAUGUAUUUCUCUUGUUCUAAUUACUUCUAAACCUCCAUGUAUGUUCAAGCAAAAUUUAAGGGUAUAAAGAAAAAAAAGCAGUGGCAUUUUUGGAAGCUGCAUGUUUAGCUGUUUUUAGGAAGACAAAAGGCAAAAUAUGAAGUAUAAAGUAGAAACCGUUCUAGGAGUUCAGUAGUUGCAAAUGUGGGUUUGAGAGUAAGAGAAGAUGUUCGUAUCUACAGGUGCAUAGUGCACGGCCCAUGGUUUGCUCUUUUUUCAAAAAAGCCCCCUCAGUAUAUGAAAUUCGACAAAGAUUUGUUUUAAGAUGGAAAUAUUAUCAUAAAUAGCCUUCAUCUUCCACGGCAUAUCGGUGAGCCAACAAAGUACACCCCAAUCCGAAAAGCGUACACAUUUUAGUACUUCUACCUUUUAUGCUUUCGUGCAUUUUAACCUCAAAACCUCUCGAGGUGCGCAUUAGGAAUGCCUUCAAAAAAUACUGAUAUCAAGAAUGCUUCAUGAUUUUUAAAAUUACUAUGAUGGGCCAUUUCAAGGACAACAUAUCCCUUAUAGAAGUGGGCCAACUUUAUUAAGGCUAGUGGAAGAUGCGAAAAAGAAGAAUCAUACCCAGGUUGCAACGACUUUACAAGGCUUUAACUCAUAGUUCGAUCUUUCAAAAUUAAGAUGAAUAGAAAACUUAGUGGUACAAGUUUUAUGGAUAUCUAGAAAUUAUUCAUGAGGGUUGUCAAUUAUGUGCCUCAAUGUUGUGAAUGUCGUGCCUUGCAUUGUAGUGAGACAGCAACAAUAAUCUCUAUUUUGCGUCUGGAUUAUUCUAAAAUGCAUGCAUGCCUAAAUGACUUGGUUGUGUGCUAUUUUGGAAGAACAACGAACAAUUGAGUAAGUGUAAAUAUUUCUUAGCAUCUCAAUACAAAAUGGACAAGGAAAUGGGUAAAAUAUUGCCAAAAAAGAUUCUUUUGAUUUUUAAAAUCAUUGAGCAUUUUCCUCUUAUAUCAUGACUGAAAGAAAUUAUAUGGGUUUGUCAAGACUACAACUGAAAUGUGAUGAUGUGGUGAAAGCAGGAAAAAUGAUGGGAUUUGUACGCAUCUGGCUCAUGGUAUAAAAUAAAAAGCCUUUGAUAAGCAACAUGCUGACCAUCGAUGCUGGUAAAGUCUAUAAUGUUGGCCUAACAAGGCUUAAUCUUGUUUUGAUGAUAACAAACUAGGGUAUUCUAAUUGUGCUUUCAAGUGAAAUUUCAGGUUUUAUAUUUCUUACAAGCACAAUGGUUAAAAUCAGUAAAGAUUGGAUGAAGCUCGACUUAAAUUCACAAGUCAUGAAGAAAACAAGUACAUUGAAGUAUUGAUAAAGCUUGGACGAAGUUAAAGCUUCAAUACAUGAAGACUUAGGAUUUAUUGUUGUUUAGAUGUUUUUAGAGUCUCAUGUAAGUGCUCUUUAACUUAAAAUUUGUUUAUGAAACUCUUAGGAAUAAAUAUUAGACUUAGAGACCCUGUUUGAAAACUUGGAAAAUAUUUUUACACAGUCCAAAAUUCUUUUCAAAGUAAUAAAAAUAAGUUUUGGAAUAAAAAAUAUGGAAAACAUUGAAUUACAGAGUAUUUAGGCGCUUGAGGAAAAUGCUCAGUUGACUGAAUUGCUACUGCCAACGUAAAGAAAUCAAAACAAUGCUAGUACAGGCGACUGAAUGUAAUUCUAGUUACCCGAACAAGGUCAGGCGAUUGGACCUCUUAAGUUCAGGUGACUGAAUUGCUACUGCUAGUUCUGGAGCGCAUAUUUUAAUUGGUUCAGGCGACUGAAGUCUGUGUUUUAAACUUGCGAACUGCGCGAUUUCUUUCCUAUUUUACAAGAUAUGAUUUCCAAACUUGGGGAAAAUGGUAAGAUUUUCUCCCUAGCUAUAUAAGGUUUAUUAUAUAUGCAUUAGGGCACUGAAAUACAUUAAUUAUACUUUGAAUCACUCUUUGAAAUGUAGUUGUGCUCAAACUUACGUACUAAACUGAUUUAUGAUUCAUUCUUCUAAAUUUCUCAUUCUCUAAAUUAGAAACCCCUUGUUUAAUUGCCGAGCUUCUUUGAAAAUUUGCUGUUAAGAGUUCAUAUUGGUUUUAUCAUUGUACAAAUUUGCUUUACUGUGAGAGUAAUCUACUUGUACGCAAGUUUAUAUUGUUGUUUGGCAAAUUGACGAUUCAGGGUUAGAAUCGUUGCCUAGCGAGAGAGUUGUUCUUGUUAGAGAGGGAUCUCCACCUACCAACGGAAAAAGGAACUCCACCUAUUAAAUGGAGAGAGUAAGGAAAAUCAUCGCAGCAAGUUGCUUGGGGCAAGGACACAGGCUAGACCUGAACCUUGUAAAAAAUCCCUGUGUUCUUCUUCUUUCUGUAACUCUCUUUAAAUUUCUGCACUUAUAACCUACUUAUUAUCUGUUGUGUAUGAUUUAAAUUGAUUAGGAAAAUUUGUUGAAUGCUGAGAUUGGAUUGGCAUUACUUUGAAUAAUUAAAUUGAUUGGUGAAUGCUUUGGAUGAUUU